AUGUGCACAAAUGAAAGAACUUUGCUAACCUCAGGAUAUGGUGUUUCAACCAUUAUCGCCAUCUUCCACUGUUCUCUUGCUGUCUUCUUUGUCCUGUAUUUAACGAAAAUACAGAAUUUCCUUGUGGAAAUUAUAAAAUCUAAACAGAAAAAACCCGUUUCGCCCAAAGUCGCAAGUUUAACCAAUCAAGUGAAUGAGCUUCAGACCGAGCUCAAUAAGAUCUCACCGACUUCUGAGUUUGCUGCUUACUUCAAGAAAGAAAGAGUUCUGAAUAAACUGAAAGAAGAAUUGGAAUCUGAGGUGAAUUCCACGAAGUCCUCAGAUAAUACUUUGAAAGUACAAGUUAUCGUACGAACAGUCCUUCAAGCUGUUGGUUUUGUGGUUUUAUACUCCGUGUCUGGAUAUCAAGCUUUUUGUUGUCCAACAGACUUCUUCUGGCCUCUGAACUUCCUCCUGCGAAUUCCUUUCGCUAGUACUGCAGCUUGUGACGAUUGUCAUUAUGACGCAACUCCUGUUUCCUUGUUCAACGUGUUAUAUGUUUUGUUCGCAACUUUUCGUAAAUUUUUAUAA